GCGUUUUCUUUUUCUGUAACGUACGAAUAUACAAUUCAUUUUAAAUCCAAAAAUUUCUGGAAAUUGCAAGGAAGACGAAUAAAUCUUAUACCAGAUUUGUUGUCACAAUUUAUAAAUUCUAUGAAAAAAAAAAUCGCACGUUGUUAAUAUAAGUAUGUCUCAGGAAGAAAAGGAUUUGGAUAUAAAUAAAGCUUUUGAAGAUUUAUUAUUUACGGAAGAAAUUGCACAGAAAUCAGGCUACGAGAAAGGAUAUAAAAGUGGUAAAGAGCAAUUGUUAAAGGGAUAUCAUCUUGGAUACCAUAGAGCUAGCGUAAUUGCUGCUCAAUUAGGAUAUUACAGCGGAGUCUUGGAACAUUAUCUGCAAAAUAAUGAUACUGAUUGUGAAAAAACGAUAACAUUAGCCAAAAACCUUCUGAAAGAUAUUCAUAGUACUUUUCCUGAUCAUCAAGAUGAUAAUUUGGACAUUCUGAAAGCUGUAGAAGAUAUUAAAUGUAAAUAUGCCAAAUUCUGUUCAUUAGCAAAAAUUAAUUCACUCUAUCCUGAAGCAGAAAAACUUGAAUUUUAA